AUGGUCCCCAAGCGCAAGAGAGUCCUCGAGGACUUUGACCCCAACAAGUCCGACUCCGACGACGAGAACUUUGACCCCUCCGUCGCCGGGCCACCGCGAAAGAGUUCAAAGAAGAGCGGUCGCUCUAGGAGUGGAAAGCCGAGUCGCCGACGUGGGAAUCGCUAUCGGGGAUCCGACAUCGAUGACGAUGACGACGAACUCUCCGAUAGCCAGGAGGAUGACUUCCUCGACGAUGAUGACGAAGAUGAAGAAGACGAGGAUGCUCCCGUAAACGCCGCCGGUCGACGUGCCCGGAAAGCUGCUGUCAAGCAUCAGAGCUACAGAGAAAGCAGCGAGGAGGCAGCCGAGACUGGCGACGAUACUGACAAGCCUGAUGACGCUAAGGACGAUGUUGAUGCUGAUGUCGAUGCCGAGGCCGAAGAUGUAAAGGAAGUCGAAAAGGAGCCCGAGGAGGAACCUGCAAGACCAACCAGGAGCAGAGUCGUGAAGCUUAGAGUGCAGAAGGGUCAACUGCCCACUGUCACACGCCGGACAACUAGAGCCCACACGGAAGAGGCAGAAGAGUUCCUGGAACUCUCCAACUCUGGCAAGCACGCCGUUCCCUCGCGAAGCUCACGGAGUCGAAGCCCGGAAACAUUUGCCCGGAACACAAGGGCCUCACGAGCCAUGAAGACGCCUAAGAACGCCCCAGAGACUAUCCCAGAAGCUACUCAAGAGAGCGGCUCUCGAGAAAUCAAUGACGCCGACCAGCCUGAUGAACUUUCCCAAGACCCUGAGGAGAUUCAGAAGAAGGAGGACAAGGAUGAAGAAAUGCAGGAUGUUGUCCAAACCGAUGUCGUCGAAGAGGAUGCCCCUGGAGAAGAUGCCCCUGUGCAAACGGUGGAGGAAGACGACGACGAGGACGACGUACCCAUCACUCGCAGAACUCGAGGCGCUCGCGCAAAUGCCUCAGAACAACCAGAGGAAGCCGAAUCUGAUGCUGGACCCAGAAAGUCGCGUCGCCUGACCCGAAAGUCCAGCAAGAAGUCUCAUGAGCCUAGUAGCGACUUUGAACCUGGCGAUGAUUCGGAAGAUGCGGCUGCCUCCGGUUCGGAAAAGGCCCACGACGAUGAUGACGUCGACAGCCCAGCCCCUCGAGGUCGACGAGCACGACCUGCCAGAGGUUCGCGUCAAGGCGGUGAUUCUGGCGACGAAGAGCCCGAGUUUGAUCUUGACGAACUCAACGAGGAGGCACGCGAGUUGCGACAGGAUUCUCGUUCGCGCCGGCGCCCAAGAAAGGAGUCACCUAUCGUCUACCAGGAAAACACCCGAAGAUCCAGAGCCCGAGUCAACUACUACAUGCCUCCCCUGACCUCGGUUAACAUUGAGGAGGAAGAGGCCGAAGCCGCACCCGCACCCGCGCGUGCACGACGAGGUCGUGGUGGCGCUAGCCAGGGCUGGGAGCGUAACCUCAACACCACAUUCGGUCCCUUCGGAGGCGGCGGCGGCGGCGGUUCACUUCUUAAUGGGCCUUGGGGCACAGGCGCAGCUGGCGGUGUCGACUCGGAUAGCAGUGACGAUGAGAUGAUGCAUCGUUCUAGCGUCGCUGGCAACGUUGGCAUGACCCCGACAUCUGCGGGCCCUGCCGGCGGCCUGCUUCCUGGCGCACCAGGCCUCAACAUUGAUGGGGUCGGAGCAACUCCUAAUGUUGGCAAGAUCAAGGACCGUAAGGCCCUUGCUGAUGCUGACCCCCUUGGAGUUGAUAUGAAUGUCGACUUCAGCAAGGUUGGUGGUCUGCAAGGUCAUAUCGACCAGCUGAAGGAGAUGGUUCAACUUCCCCUGCUCUAUCCUGAACUGUUCACCAGAUUCCACGUCACUCCACCAAGAGGUGUACUGUUUCACGGUCCACCAGGUACUGGUAAAACAUUGCUCGCCCGAGCCUUGGCCAACUCGGUGGGCUCUGGCGGCCGAAAGAUCUCGUUCUACAUGCGCAAGGGUGCCGAUGCCCUGAGCAAGUGGGUUGGUGAAGCCGAGAAGCAGCUCCGAUUGCUUUUCGAGGAGGCAAGGAGAACCCAACCUAGUAUCAUCUUCUUUGAUGAAAUCGAUGGUCUGGCGCCUGUCCGAUCCAGCAAGCAGGAACAGAUUCACGCCUCCAUUGUCUCGACACUCCUGGCUCUGAUGGAUGGCAUGGACGGCCGUGGCCAAGUCAUUGUCAUUGGUGCAACCAACCGCCCCGACAACAUUGAUCCUGCACUCCGUCGACCAGGCCGUUUCGAUCGAGAAUUCUACUUCCCCCUGCCGGACAUUGAAGGACGAAAGUCGAUUCUCAACAUCCACACUGCGGACUGGGGCCUGUCGGAGCAAUUCAAGGACUCACUGGCUGAGAACACCAAGGGCUACGGUGGUGCUGAUUUGCGAGCCCUUUGCACAGAAGCUGCUCUCAACUCCAUUCAACGGACAUACCCCCAGAUCUACAAUUCCAAAGAGAAGCUGGUGGUCAACCCUGAGAAGAUCAGCGUCCACGCAACGGACUUUAUGCUGUCUAUCAAGAAACUGAUUCCCUCAUCUGAGCGGUCAGCAACCUCGGGCGCCCGACCUCUUCCCAAGUCGAUAGAUCCGCUGUUGCGCAAGCAAUUGGCGGAGGCUAAACGCGCCCUGGACGGACUGCUACCUCGUAAGAAGAAGAUGACAGCACUGGAAGAGGCCAUGUAUGAGCAGUUCGAAGAUGACGAUCACGGUUUUGGCCGAGAGGCGAUGCACCAGGAGUUUGAGCGAUCUCGAGUAUUCCGUCCCCGCUUCAUCAUUCACGGACAGCAUGGAAUGGGCCAGACUUACCUCUCCUCCGCCAUCUUGCACUACUUCGAGGGCGUUCAUGUGCAGAACUUUGACCUCCCCAGCAUAUUGGGUGAUGGAAGGGCCAUGGAGCAAGUCAUUGUCGGACUCUUUACGGAAGUUAGACGACACAAGCCCAGCGUCAUCUACAUCCCCAACAUCGAGGCCUGGUAUCUCGCGCUGCAGGGCACGAUUGCUCUCACAACAUUCAAGACCAUGCUGCGAUCUAUCCCUCCCACUGACCCGGUUCUUCUUCUUGCUACGGCAGAGGGCGAUAAAGACGACCUCCCCGCUGAACUUUUCCGGGACUUUUUCGGAUUCUCCAAGAAGAACCAGAUGAAGAUCUCGAAGCCUGAUGCGAUGGCUCGAAUGGAGUACUUCAGCUUGACUGUCAACUACGUCAAGAAGAAGCCAGCCGAGUUCCCCGAUCCUGCUAAUCGUAAAAAGAGAGUACUUGAGGAGCUCCCUGUUGCUCCUCCGGUUCAGCCUCCUCCUCCUACCAAGGCUGAAAUGAAGGCAGCGCAGAAGAAGGAUCACCAACUUCUUAACGCCCUGAAAAUUCAGCUGCAGCCCAUCAUGGACCAGAUCAACAGGAAGUACAAGAAGUUCAGGCAGCCUGUCAUCCCUCCAGCCCAGAUCGAGUACCUGUUUCUUGAGUCGGAUCCCAACUACGUGCGGCCUGACGUUGAAGGCGUCCAGACGCGACCCUUUGAGAUUGUCAAGGACAAGCAUGGCAAUGACGUUCUGAGAGACACUGCAACUGGCAAAUGUUACUACAAUCUCGAAACGACAACCAUCGAGGAACGUCUCUCGAACGGGUUUUACACUCGGCCAAAGGAUUUCCUUUUCGACAUUAAGGCACUCGCAAAGGACGCCAAGAAUAUUGGAGACAAAGAACGAACCCUCAAGGCCAACGAACUUCUCAGCAAUGUCGAGGUUGAUGUCGCUAGUAUCGAGAAUCAAACCUCGCAGAUUGACUGGGAAGGGCUUUACCGACGUCAAGUCCAGCGAGCCAAGGACGCUGCCGAGAAGGAACGGAAGAGAAAGGCAAUGCAAUCGCUCGUGGACCGUGUUCAAUCUGAUCUCGGGGGUGGCAACGACAGUGACUCGCAGGGUCCAGUUACCUUGGGAGAGACAGUACCUGGAUCGCGGACAAUGGCCAGAUUCCAAGUGAGAAGUCCGCUGUCAAACGGCCACGGUCUCUCAGGCCAGGACUCGCAUCCCCUCAGCAAUGGCACAGCUCAUCCUUCUGGCGAUGACGUUCAGAUGAGUGGAGUCGACGACGACACACAGGCUAUUUCUCAGAUGGGACCUCCACCCAAAUCUCACGAACACCUCAGUCUGGCACACACGGGAGUGACACAGAUCUCGCAAAAGUCAGCCGUGACGUCCCUACCACCCGGAGUUUCGCCUUCAGCAGUGAUCAAUGAGGCCUCGACAACUAAGACAUCAGACCCCUCUGAUCAUCGGUCAUCGAACUUUAGCACCCAGAUGACCAAUGGCACUCAUGCUGAGAACAGAGGUGGUGGCGAGGAUGACACUACUGAACUCGAUAUCCCAGACACUCUUUUGGUACCGGGCCAGAACGAGUCCUGGAUGCACUCUCAAGCCCAGCAGGCGGCAGCAACAGGCAACGCCUUGCCAGGGUCUAAUCUGUCAGGCAGUCCGCCUUCGCAGCGCACGUCUGGCUUUAAGGCUCACAGCGUGGGCGGAAUGGCGCACAUCCUGAACGACCAGAACUCUGAUGAUCAUUCCAUCCGCAACUCGGGCUCGUCCGGUUCUGCUUCUCAGCCGCUCACAGCCGACGAGGUGGAAACGUUCCUGCACAACGUGACAAACAUGACGAGCGGCUGCACCAUCGAGCAGCUGGAACAGAUCAACCGUGAGCUCAUGGACGAGAUUUGGCGCACAAGGCACGAGUGGAACCGCAGCAGGGUCAUCGGAUUCGUCACGUCGGUGUUCAACGACACCAUGCGGGACAUUGACAGCAUGCAGGAAGUUGCUCCGCCCAGCCAACGGCAGAGCUUUUGA